AGGAAGCAGACCAACCAAACCGAUUAACCCAACCCUCUCUCUCUCUCUCUCUCUCUCUCUCUCUCAUCAUCAUCAUCCAGGCGAGCGAGCGAAGAAGCCAGGUAGUGCUCGAGCGAAGAAGCCAGGCGAGCGAGCGAAGAAGCGGGCGAGCCGCUGGAGAGGGACAGGCGACGCGAGGCGACCGCCGAUCGGAGCCGCGGCUGAGGAGGAGGAGGGAGUGCCGAGAUGGUGGGCCUGGUCGGCGGCGGCGCGGCGCGGGGGGCCGCGAGGCUGGGAGCGGGCGACCCGGCAGCGGUGGCCAACGGCGGAGGGGAGGCCGACCACGUCCGGCGCCUGCACCGCCACGCGCCCGCCGACCACCAGUGCACCUCCACCCUCGUCAAGCACAUCAAGGCGCCCGUCCACCUCGUGUGGGAGCUGGUGCGGAGCUUCGACCAGCCGCAGCGGUACAAGCCGUUCGUCAGCCGCUGCGUCGUGCGCGGGGACCAGCUCGAGAUCGGCAGCCUCCGCGAGGUCAACGUCAAGACCGGCCUGCCGGCGACCACCAGCACCGAGAGGCUCGAGCAGCUCGACGACGACGAGCACAUACUCGGCGUCAAGUUCGUCGGCGGCGACCACCGCCUCCAGAACUACUCAUCCAUCAUAACAGUUCACCCAGAGAGCAUUGACGGGAGGCCAGGGACGCUUGUCAUUGAGUCCUUUGUGGUCGAUGUGCCAGACGGCAACACAAAGGAUGAGACAUGCUACUUUGUCGAGGCCGUGAUCAAGUGCAACCUCACGUCUCUCGCAGAGGUAUCCGAGCGGCUAGCAGUUCAAUCUCCUACAUCACCGCUCGAACAUUAACGCUGGUACAGAGACGCAAGGAAUAAGAAGCUUCAAAGGAUGGCUGGAGAGUUGAAUCUUUUUGAGACUGGUAGUUUCCCAUUGUCUUCCGCGUGUAUGUCUCUUGGAACUUGGAAGCGCUAGCGGUAUGUAGGACCAAAUAUCUAUAGUAGCUUGUAUGUUAGUGAUGGUUUAGCCUUUAGGAACUGCACCUAGAUACCUCAUGGACAUGUAUGCAUACUGCUAUUAUGUGUAGAAAUUAGGGAAGCAUGGAGCGGUUUUUGCCUCUUUGGUGCAUGGAGAUCUAUCCUUUUUUCUGCAUUUUAAGAUGGCUACUAUACUGGUGUUCUUGGAUAGAUACACUUCUUUUCCACUGACACUUAGGGCUUGGAGUCUUGGGACCUUCGAUUCGGGUUUGAUGUUCGAAAUGCGCUGUAUUAUAUGCACCAUAUGUUUGUUUA